UUUAGACCCGCAAUUUCUCUUGAUUUCAUUCAGCCUGCAACCAUGUCAACCUCCAGAAGGAAAAGUCUCGGAAGGCAAAAAAUUGAAAUGAAAAAAAUGACAAAUGAAAGCAACCUCCAAGUCACUUUCUCAAAGCGUCGUAGUGGACUCUUUAAGAAAGCCAGCGAGCUAUGCAUCCUAUGCGACGUGGAGAUUGCUCUUGUUGUCUUCUCGCCAGGUGAAAAGGUAUUCUCUUUUGGCCACCCAAGUGUUGAGGCCGUCAUCAAGCGCUACUUCUCUCAAGCACCACCCCAAACCUCUGAUACCAUGCAGUACAUUGAGGCUCAACGCAACUCCAAGGUGCAUGAGCUCAACGUGGAGCUCUCUCAAAUCAACAACCUAUUGGACACCGUGAGGAAUCACGGUGAGGAGCUGAAUCGCCUACACAAGGCGGCACAAGCUCAGUUUUGGUGGGCUUGUCAGAUUGAAGAGAUGGAUAGGCCUAAGCUUGAGCAAUUUAGGAUGGCCUUGAAUGAGCUUAAGAAACAGAUCAGUCGCUAUUGUGACAGGACUCGCAUUCAUGGUGCUCCCGCUGCUAGUACUGCCACUACUAACCCACCAACUCAUAUGUUUUUUGCUUCUGGUUCGUCCAAUGUCAUGAUCCCUCCCCACCACCCACAAUCACCUCCUCCUCAGGUGUUUGCACCACAGUUUUUUGAGGGCUCCAUGAAGCAGGGCCAUCAUUUGUUUGGUGGAAUAUUUAACAACAUGGGAGCAUACGAUGGACCCCCUGGCUUCUACUAAGAUCAUCAUCCCAUGACGAUAUGAUGAAGAUGAUGCCCUUUCUGUUUUCUAGUCUAGUAUUGUUUUUAAUUUCCAUAGCACACAACCUUAACUAGUUUCAUGUAUGAGAUAUAGUUUGGGUUGCUUAUGAUUUGAAUUUCAAUUACCGUUGGAUGUGUUGUUUU